AUGGAUGUCGAGAACCUGCUUAGUUUGAACCCCAAUCAACUGCUGGCAGAGAUCACAUCGCUGCUAAUAGCCACCUCAGAGCCGAGCGAGACCAAUGCCCUGCUGCUCAACCAUGAGCUGCAGCGACGCCUGCACCAAGUGCGCGCAAAGGUUCUAGCGUUGCUGAAAUCUGUCCGGGCUCGAUAUGCACGGAACGAGGAGAUUUUAAUCCGCCGCCUAAAGCCGCGCACCCAAUGUAACAGCAGGCUUAAUAAGGGAAGCACUGAAAUGUAUGGAAUAUGUGGAGCGAUCCGCCGUGGAGCCACCUUCCACUUCAAGGGAAAUUUGUAUUUUCGAGAUAUUGAUGGACGCAGUUGUCCGAAUAACGAGGACUACGAGGCGCGUAGUCACACGGAGAUGUUUCCUUCGGACUUCGAUAUGCGCUCCAAACACGUGUGGACUAUUCUGGACAAGAAGAAUUUGAUUAUGGGCAUCAAGCAACAGCUGCUGGACCAUGCCGCCUGUGAAAAGGCUCCAAACUCUCUCAAUCGAAAGCCCAUCGAGCGACAUGUUCGGUCUCUGGCCAGUCUGCUGGCCAACGCCGACAGCAGCUUUAGCAUCGACUGGACCCAGAUCAGUACUCUGGACUUGGAGUUCCGUCAUUCUACCUACAGCUCAGAGGCAAUGUGGCGCGUUUAUCUACAUCCGCAGCUGAGCCGCGAGGACUGGAGUGCGUCGGAGGACGCAGCUCUGGUGGCGGCGGCCAAAGCGAAUCACAUGCAGAACUGGGAGAAGAUAGCUUCGGCGUUGGAUCGGCGAUCGGACUAUCAGUGUUUCGUGCGUGUCCUGGUGGCGUUCCGUCACCACCUGGAGCCAUCGUCCAGUGUUCGAUGGACCGAGAAGGACAAUGAGACACUAAAGCGUCUUGUCGAAAUGAAUACUGUGAAUGGCCAGAUCAAUUGGCAGCGGGUGUCGGAACACUUUCCCGGCAGGUCCAAGUCCACUCUGAUCGGACGCUAUACGUAUACGCUGCAUCCAAGCAUCAGCCAUGCACCCUUCACCACGACGGAGGACAUAAUGCUCUUUGCUGCCGUGGAGGAGUACAAUGGUAAAUUCAAUAGCUUUCCCCGCACUCUGUUUCCCAACCGUUCGCUGGCACAGCUCCGUACCCGAUACCACAAUAACCUCGCCCAACGCACCAAGACCGACCCUUGGUCGGUGCUGGACGACACCAAACUGAUGGAUUUUGUCACGGAGCACGGGGCCGCUCAGUGGGUGAACUGUGCUGCGCAUCUUGGAAAUCACACUCGGACCAGUUGCAGGACGCGUUUCUUGGUAAUAAAACGCUUCCUAGAGCAGCAUCCUUCGGCCACGGUCGCAGACUUUCCGCGCCGAAGGUGUUUUAAAAAUAAAAACAAUAUCGUCACGGCUGACAAUUGGGCGGAGUGUCUGGAAGUGUGGCAGCAGGAUCCUGACUCCAUCGAUCCGUCGAAGCAUCAAACGCGUCCAUCGAGAGCAGGGGAGAGAAGGAGCUCUAACAUAAAAGUCGGGCCCAGCGAAAUAGAUGUGCAGGUCUAUGAGUACUUCAAAUAUAGCUACGAUCUUCAACUGAGGGCAUCACCGUCGUCGGAACACUUUUCGAUACCCAAGGAUGCCUUGAAUCUCGCAUAUGUGAUCGAGGCGUUAAACUACAAGCCACCAGCGUCCAAGAACUUGAAGCCCAUUCAGAGCGUUUCAAUGCCCCUGCAAUUGUGUGUUUCCUACAACCAAUUGCUCAAGACGCUGCCAAAGAAAAAGAAGGACAAAAAGCCAUCCCAGGACUCGCUACUCCUGCCCCCCAACUGGUCAACGAUGAUGGGAUUCCGUGCCAUUUGCAUAUUAUCCGGCGACAGUGGAAAGCACUCCCCCGCUGAGUCGCCAGCCUACGACGAGUCCUCGCCGCACAUCCAGCAAUUCCGGCACCGUCUGCGAGCCCUGUUUUAUCGCACCAUUCUGCUGAGCCGACUUGAAACGCAUCUCUUCGAUGAGCUGCCCUCUCACCUGAUGGCCUUGCCAAGACCUUUGGCCAACUACAUUGAAUCCGGGGCACGACCGACGCAGGAGGAGCUGAGCAGACAAAUUGCAGUCAAGCAAAUGGCACAUGUCAACCGAUUGGCUGAGCCACAGAGGAAGAAACCGAAAUUGGAGCCCCUCAGCGAAGAUGAGGGGAUGAGCUUCAAGGAGGAGGAGGACUUCUUGCCUUUAUAAGUUUAUUGUUUACUUUAUAUCGCAUCGUAUAUUACUCAUUAUAAUAGCUAACAAAUAUAAUUUAUAAAGUUGUAGGUA